GGAGCAGGCGGUCGCCUCCUCCGCGCGCCCUGCCCCCGCCGGCCCUGCCGCGGCCCGCGCUGAACUUGAGGGAAAGUGGCCGCCCCGUGUUCCGUCCCGGGGCGGGAGGGCUACGGGGCGCGCCGGGGAGGCGGCCUGGCCAGAGCCCGGGCCUGCGGAUACCGCGCCCCGGGCUCCUCCCGGACAGCGUCCCCGCCCGACCCUGCGCGGCGCCGGCUUCCCCGGGGACGUUGGGCUCGGCCCACAGGGAGGCGGUGGAGCGCGGGGUCGUGCACACAGUGGGCGCCAGCGUUGUCCGGGAAGCGCAGGGUCGUGCACACAGUGUGCUCCAGUGUUAUCCGGGGCGCGCUGUGGGUCGUGCAUACAGUAGGCGCCAUUGUGAUCCGGGAACUUGAACCCUGAGCCUCUGCAGACGCUGUGGGUAGUGGGUGGUGCAUACAGUGGGCGCCAUUGUGAUCCAGGGAGCUGGAACCCUGGGCAUCUGGAGAGCGCUGUGGGUCGUGCAAACAGUAGGCGCCAUUGUGAUACGGGUAGCUUGAACCCGGAGCUUCUGGAGAGCGCUGUGGGUCGUGCAUACAGUAGGCGUCAGUGUUAGGUGGGGAGCGCUAGAUCGUGCACACAGUAGGCGUCAGGAAGUGUUUUCCCCAGUAAUUUAUGCUCCAUGGUACUUUGCUAAAGUCAUGAAAUAACUCGGAUUUUGUUUUCCAAGGAAGGAGAAAGGCCCAGAAUUUAAAAGCAGGCAAACACACAACCGGGCACCCCCAGACCUUGGCCCUUACAGCAGUCAGGAAUUGACCUGCUUUCCACAGCCCCAGCCCGGAGCUUGAGGAACGGACUUUCCUGCGCAGGGGGAACGGGGAGCACUCGCCGGUGCCGCGGUUCCCAGGUCGAGGGCAGUGGGAUAGGGGGCGCCGCGCCUUUUGUCGCGGGCGCUGUGGUUCCCGUGCGGCCUUGGACGCGAGUCUCCCCCGGCAGGCCUGGUCCCUGGUCGUGGUCACCCGUGCAACUGGAGCGGCGCUCUGCGUUUGGAAAGGGUUCUGAAGGGGCUCUAAGGGGGAGUAGGCGCCUGGUACUCCUAUGGGAGUCGGUGCGUUAUACCUUGACUGCCAUUGAUUUUUAUUUAACUGCUUAACUUAGUGACUCAAGUGUUCCCCUUUUCUCGGGGAUGAGUAAACAGGCUCAUUAAAGAGCUUGUGACCACGCAACACAGGUGCCCCAGAGAAAGGUAGGGCCUGGAAACUACAAAGGAUUAUGUUAAUUUUGUGUUUAGGAAGAAAGAGGUAAUGGGUAGGAAUCAAUGUAAACUUACUCAUAGGCCACACCAAACCAGGAAUUCUUCUUGUCGUGAUUGCACUUGGUAGAGUUAACACACAUGCACAUUAGGGAAACGUUGGUGACCAACAGGCGUUUCAGCGAGCGUUUGCACUCCUCAUGGGCCUUUGUGGGCUGCUGGAGAGAUGUUGGCUGCACCAUGACCCAGAUGGAGUUUUAACAUUGAAUGCGGAGAACACUAAUUAUGCCUAUCAAGUUCCAAACUUCCAUAAAUGUGAAAUCUGUCUACUAUCUUUUCCAAAAGAAUCCCAGUUUCAACGCCACAUGAGGGAUCACGAGCGAAAUGACAAGCCACAUCGAUGUGACCAGUGCCCCCAAACAUUUAAUGUUGAAUUCAACCUGACACUUCAUAAAUGCACUCACAGCGGGGAAGAUCCUACCUGCCCUGUGUGUAACAAGAAAUUCUCCAGAGUGGCUAGUCUCAAAGCGCAUAUUAUGCUACAUGAAAAGGAAGAGAAUCUCAUCUGUUCUGAGUGUGGGGAUGAGUUUACUCUGCAGAGUCAGCUGGCCGUGCACAUGGAGGAGCACCGCCAGGAGCUGGCUGGAACCCGGCAGCAUGCCUGCAAGGCCUGCAAGAAAGAGUUCGAGACCUCCUCGGAGCUGAAGGAACAUAUGAAGACUCAUUACAAAAUUAGGGUAUCAAGUACAAGGUCUUAUAACCGGAACAUCGACAGAAGUGGAUUCACGUAUUCGUGUCCGCACUGUGGAAAGACGUUUCAAAAGCCAAGCCAGUUAACGCGACACAUUAGGAUACACACAGGUGAAAGGCCGUUUAAAUGUAGUGAAUGUGGAAAAGCUUUUAACCAGAAGGGGGCACUGCAGACCCACAUGAUCAAGCACACAGGUGAAAAACCCCAUGCCUGUGCCUUCUGUCCUGCCGCCUUCUCUCAGAAAGGGAAUCUUCAGUCACACGUGCAGCGAGUCCACUCAGAGGUCAAGAAUGGUCCUACCUAUAACUGUACGGAAUGUAGUUGUGUAUUUAAAAGUUUAGGCAGCUUAAACACGCAUAUCAGCAAGAUGCAUAUGGGUGGGCCACAGAAUUCAACAAGUUCCACAGAGACUGCUCAUGUUUUAACGGCCACACUCUUUCAGACGUUACCUCUUCAACAGACAGAAGCCCAAGCCACGUCGGCCUCAAGCCAGCCGAGCUCCCAGGCGGUGAGCGACGUCAUCCAGCAGCUCCUAGAGCUCUCAGAGCCAGCGCCGGUGGAGUCGGGGCAGUCCCCGCAGCCUGGGCAGCAGCUGAGCAUCACAGUGGGCAUCAACCAGGACAUUUUACAGCAAGCCUUAGAAAACAGUGGGCUGUCUUCAAUUCCAGUUGCAGCACAUCCUAAUGACUCCAGCCAUGCCAAGACCUCUGCACCACAGGUUCAAAACCCAGAUGUUUCCAGCGUUUCAAAUGAGCAGACGGACCCUACAGACGCAGAGCAAGAAAAAGAACAGGAAAGCCCGGAGAAACUGGAUAAAAAAGAAAAAAAAAUGAUAAAGAAGAAAUCGCCAUUUCUACCUGGCUCCAUCCGUGAGGAGAACGGCGUGCGCUGGCAUGUGUGUCCCUACUGCGCCAAGGAGUUCCGCAAGCCCAGCGACCUGGUGCGCCACAUCCGCAUCCACACCCACGAGAAGCCCUUCAAGUGCCCGCAGUGCUUCCGCGCCUUUGCCGUGAAGAGCACGCUGACAGCCCACAUCAAGACGCACACCGGCAUCAAGGCAUUCAAGUGCCAGUACUGCAUGAAGAGCUUCUCCACCUCGGGCAGCCUCAAGGUGCACAUCCGCCUGCACACAGGUGUUAGACCUUUUGCUUGUCCUCACUGUGACAAAAAAUUUCGAACCUCAGGCCAUAGGAAGACUCACAUUGCUUCCCACUUUAAACAUACGGAAUUAAGGAAAAUGAGGCACCAGCGUAAACCUGCAAAGGUUCGUGUUGGCAAGACGAACGUUCCAGUCCCCGAUAUUCCUUUGCAGGAACCAAUCCUGAUAACUGACUUAGGUCUUAUCCAGCCCAUUCCAAAAAACCAGUUUUUCCAAAGCUAUUUCAAUAAUAAUUUUGUCAAUGAAGCAGAUAGACCAUACAAGUGUUUUUACUGUCAUCGUGCAUAUAAAAAAUCUUGCCACCUUAAACAACACAUCAGAUCCCAUACAGGUGAAAAACCUUUUAAAUGUUCUCAGUGUGGAAGAGGCUUUGUUUCUGCAGGCGUGCUCAAAGCACACAUCAGAACACACACAGGACUGAAAUCUUUCAAGUGUCUGAUAUGUAAUGGGGCUUUCACUACUGGUGGCAGCUUACGGCGACACAUGGGUAUCCACAACGACCUUCGUCCCUAUAUGUGCCCCUAUUGCCAAAAAACAUUUAAGACUUCACUAAAUUGCAAAAAGCACAUGAAAACCCACAGAUACGAACUUGCCCAGCAGCUGCAACAGCAUCAGCAGGCAGCCUCGAUAGACGACAGCACUGUAGACCAGCAGAGCGUGCAGGCCUCCACCCAGAUGCAGGUGGAGAUCGAGAGCGACGAGCUGCCGCAGACGGCGGAGGUGGUCACGGCGAACCCCGAGGCCAUGCUGGACCUGGAGCCUCAGCACGUGGUGGGCACGGAGGAAGCAGGGCUGGGCCAGCAGUUGGCAGAUCAGCCCCUGGAAGCAGAUGAAAAUGGGUUUGUGGCUCCACAGGACCCUCUGCGAGGGCACAUAGACCAGUUUGAAGAGCAGACCCCUGCACAACAGUCCUUCGAACCGGCAGGGCUACCCCAAGGUUUUACAGUGACCGAUACGUACCAUCAGCAGCCUCAGUUUCCACCUGUCCAACAGCUACAGGAUUCCAGCACACUUGAGUCUCAGGCCCUCUCCACAAGCUUCCACCAGCAGAGCUUGCUGCAGGCUCCCAGCUCUGAUGGGAUGAAUGUAACAACUCGCUUGAUUCAGGAGUCAUCCCAAGAGGAACUAGACCUGCAGGCGCAAGGUUCCCAGUUUCUGGAGGACAACGAGGACCAGAGCAGGCGCUCUUACAGGUGUGACUAUUGCAACAAAGGCUUUAAGAAGUCCAGCCACCUGAAGCAGCACGUGCGGUCGCACACCGGGGAAAAGCCCUACAAGUGCAAGCUCUGUGGACGCGGCUUUGUUUCCUCUGGGGUCCUCAAGUCCCACGAGAAGACACACACAGGAGUGAAGGCGUUCAGCUGCAGUGUGUGCAAUGCUUCCUUCACCACCAAUGGCAGCCUCACCCGGCACAUGGCCACACAUAUGAGCAUGAAGCCUUAUAAGUGUCCAUUUUGUGAGGAGGGUUUCCGAACUACAGUGCAUUGUAAAAAGCACAUGAAGAGACACCAAACAGUCCCCUCUGCUGUGUCAGCCACUGGAGAGACAGAAGGAGGAGACAUUUGUAUGGAGGAAGAGGAAGAACAUUCUGAGAGAAAUGCAUCACGGAAGUCUCGUCCUGAGGUCAUCACUUUCACAGAGGAGGAGACAGCCCAGUUAGCCAAGAUCCGGCCUCAGGAGAGCGCCACGGUGUCGGAGAAGGUCCUGGUGCAGUCCGCGGCAGAAAAAGACCGCAUCAGUGAACUGAGGGACAAGCAGGCGGAGCUGCAGGACGAGCCCAAGCACGCCAACUGCUGCACAUACUGCCCCAAGAGCUUCAAGAAGCCCAGCGACCUGGUGAGGCAUGUUCGAAUCCAUACUGGAGAAAAGCCAUACAAAUGUGAUGAAUGUGGAAAGAGUUUUACUGUGAAAUCCACUCUUGAUUGUCAUGUGAAGACUCACACAGGUCAGAAGCUCUUCAGCUGUCACGUCUGCAGCAACGCCUUCUCCACAAAGGGAAGUCUGAAGGUCCACAUGCGUCUGCACACGGGAGCCAAGCCCUUCAAAUGCCCGCACUGCGAGCUGCGUUUCCGUACCUCGGGUAGAAGGAAGACACACAUGCAGUUUCAUUAUAAACCAGACCCAAAGAAGGCCAGAAAGCCUAUGACUCGAAGCUCGUCGGAAGGACUGCAGCCCGUAAACCUCCUCAACUCCUCCUCUACCGAUCCUAACGUGUUUAUCAUGAACAACUCUGUUCUAACAGGACAGUUUGAUCAGAAUCUGCUGCAACCAGGACUGGUGGGCCAAGCUAUUCUCCCUGCCUCUGUGUCAGCUGGGGGUGACCUGACUGUGUCUCUGACAGAUGGGAGCCUGGCUACCCUAGAAGGCAUCCAGUUACAGUUGGCUGCUAACUUGGUUGGACCAAAUGUACAGAUUUCUGGAAUCGAUGCUGCCAGCAUUAAUAACAUUACGUUGCAGAUCGAUCCGAGCAUUCUGCAGCAGACGCUACAGCAGGGCAACCUAUUAGCUCAGCAGCUCACAGGGGAGCCUGGCCUGGCCCCACAGAACAGCUCUCUCCAGACGUCGGACAGCACAGUCCCCGCCAGUGUGGUCAUCCAGCCCAUCUCAGGCCUGUCCUUACAGCCCACAGUGACCUCUGCGAACCUGACCAUAGGCCCGCUGUCUGAGCAGGAUUCAGUGCUGACCACCAACAGCAGUGGGACCCAAGACCUCACUCAAGUGAUGACUUCGCAAGGUCUGGUGUCCCCCUCCGGCGGUCCCCACGAGAUCACCCUGACCAUUAACAACUCCAGCCUGAGCCAGGUCCUGGCACAGGCCGCUGGGCCCACUGCCACGCCUUCCUCGGGGUCUCCACAGGAAAUUACCCUGACUAUCUCCGAACUUAACACUGCAAGCGGAAGCCUUCCUUCAACAACACCGAUGUCUCCAUCGGCCAUCUCGACUCAGAACCUGGUCAUGUCCUCGUCGGGCGUGGGAGGUGACGCCAGUGUCACGCUGACGCUGGCCGAUACUCAGGGUAUGCUAUCUGGAGGCCUGGACACUGUCACACUCAACAUCACCUCUCAGGGUCAGCAGUUCCCAGCCCUCCUCACGGAUCCCUCUCUCUCGGGCCAGGGCGGAGCAGGCUCGCCGCAAGUCAUACUAGUGAGCCACACGCCACAGUCGGCGUCUGCUGCUUGUGAAGAAAUAGCCUACCAGGUAGCUGGCGUCUCUGGGAACCUGGCCCCGGGCAACCAGCCGGAAAAGGAGGGCCGGGCGCACCAGUGCCUGGAGUGUGACCGCGCCUUCUCGUCGGCAGCUGUGCUGAUGCACCACAGCAAGGAGGUGCAUGGCCGAGAGCGCAUCCAUGGCUGCCCCGUGUGCAGGAAGGCCUUCAAGCGCGCCACGCACCUCAAGGAGCACAUGCAGACACACCAGGCCGGCCCCUCUUUGAGCUCCCAGAAGCCGAGAGUGUUUAAAUGUGACACUUGUGAGAAGGCGUUUGCCAAACCAAGCCAACUGGAGCGCCACAGCCGCAUACACACAGGGGAGCGGCCGUUCCAUUGCACGCUUUGUGAGAAAGCCUUCAACCAGAAGAGUGCGCUGCAGGUGCACAUGAAGAAGCAUACGGGGGAGCGGCCCUACAAGUGUGCCUACUGCGUCAUGGGCUUCACGCAGAAGAGCAACAUGAAGCUGCACAUGAAGCGGGCGCACAGCUAUGCUGGUAAAUCAGGGACUUCUUCUGGAUUUGGAUCCAUUGCUGGAGCUCUGCAGGAGUCCGCAGGUCACCCGGAGCAGGAUGGGGAGGAGCUGAGCCGGACCCUUCACCUCGAGGAGGUGGUGCAGGAGGCCGCCGGCGAGUGGCAGACCCUCACCCACGUCUUCUGAUGCGAGUCGGAAGUGCACCUUUAAGAAUGUUUCUGAAGUUACAUUUUGUGAAGAGCAAAGCACUUGGAAUCUCUGUUUUAAAGCUUCAAGUGUUAAAAACGUUACAAUAGUUUUUUAGCUAUAAAAUUAUCUAAAGAAUCAUUGUCUUUCAGAGACUCAUGGGAAAAAAAAACUGGGAAAAGUGUCACCGCGUUGUUCUCUUUUGUCUACAAAUCACUGAACUCAGGUACUAUGGUAGGCAGUUUCCUCCUCAGUCUCCUCCGUGGCUGGCGCGUCUAGUUCACGAAGCAAUUAACUGGGUCUUACUAUCAUUGUAGUGUGAUUUCUUUGUAUUAGCAAAGACAAAAUCGCUAACAUGAAAAAUGUAUGUCAGAUUUUCCUUCAUGCUUCCGGUUAUAAGAAGCAUAGCUUACAAAGCAAGCGUAAGAUUGGGGCAUGAAGUUCAGAAAAAAAAUGUUACAACACACAGGGAAGUUUUUUCCACUCUUUUCUCUGUGCAUUUUGAAAAUUAGUCAAAAUGGACUCUUUUUAGUCUACCGUAAGUUAAUAUAACUGAUACCUUGAGAGAUGGCUGGACCAAUUCUCUCUCCAUGACAAAUGUUUAAUCAUUAGUUACAAGAAUGCAGUAUCUGGGGCGUCAACACAGGGACUCGAGUAAACCUGACCCACCAAUAAGGAUUCAGCUGUCCACGCGGGCUGGCGACACACUUACCGCCUCAAUCUGUGUUCAGGUCCAGGGUUACAUAAUUGCAGAAGCACAAGCCAUACAUCGCAGGUAGGAAACCACAGAACCGUCUGCCAGGAGCAAGCAACCGUGGCCCUGUCCACCCCAGCAAGUAAGAAGCAUAUCUGUAGCUUAAGGCCAAGAAUCCGUAAAAAUCCCGUGACUUUCUCUUCAUGCAUAAACAGAUGUAUUUUUGAUUUCAGGGAAUUCUUUAGUAUCGUCAAUGGUGCCACAUUAAACAUGUCCCAAACCAAAUCCCACCUGUGCUGGGCAGAGUGCGUGCACGCCAUUCCUACAGCAUUCCAAAGAUGGAAGGUUCUUUACUUCAUGUUAAUUUUUCCUUUGAAAUUAUUUAUAUGUUCUAUAUAUAAAUACAUAUGUACAUAGACAGAUAUAUGGGCCUCUGUGUGGCUGAACAGUAUAUUUUGUAAAUAUAAGUACUAGUCCUAAUUGCAGAAAGAGCGUCUGAGUUUCACCUCCCCACGGGCACUUCAGAUCAGUAUUGUAUUCAUUUUAUUAAUAAAUGGAUAUCUUUUUCAUUGUAAUAUAAAGCUGGGUUUUAUUUUUUUUCCUGAAAAAUAAUUGCCUUUAUUUUCUCUCAUUGCCUCCUUGGUUUCAGAAGAGAAUAGUUUUAUUAUAAAUAUUGUAUGGACUUUGCAUAUUAAGAGAGGAGCUCAUUUCAGAUUCCUAAAGAAAUAGACAUUUUACUGUUAUUUGGAAAGGGCAUCUUUUGAUUUUUUUGUUGUUGUUGUUCACUUUUGGCAUAUGUAUAUAAGUAAUAUUGAUGGUGAUAUGAAAACUUUUGUUAUGUGAAAAUAUUUAAGUCAGAAAAUUGUUAAAUAAUAUUACUUCUUUUCCAAACUACUUUGUGUAUUGUAUAUUUUUUUAAGAAAAAGAGAAGCCUUAUUUGACUUAUUCUUGUGAUACUGGACUUCUCACCAAUCCUGAGGUUUCCUUCCUUGAACGUCAGUGUGUAAACCUGGCUGUAGUCGCAUAUUCAGAAUAACUGUAAUUGUGCUAGAGUUUUAAAGGUUCUGCUUUUAAUGCACUUUUUAUUUUAUAAUUUUGUAUUGAAAUAUUUUAGAAAUGUUGAUUAAUUUUGGUGAACAAAUAUCCCCAAAGUUGAAAUUAUUGGAAUUUUAAGCUUUUGUUCUUGCUGGGUUAUUUAUUUUUAUUUUAGCAUCAAAUGUCAUCUCAGGACAUCUCUAAAAGGGGUUGUUUAAUUCCUAAUUGUAUAGAAAGCUAGUUUGGUGAAUUGUAUUGGUUAAUUGACUGUUUAAGGCCUUAACAGGUGAAUCUAGAGCCUACUUUUAUUUUGGUUAACGAAAAAGAAAAUAUCAGUAAUUCAAUUUUGUGUCUUUUCUCAAUUUAUUAGCAAACACAUUUUAUGUAUUAUUUUGAUUUACUUCCUAAUUAUAAAAGCUGCUUUUUUGCAGAACAUUCCUUGAAAAUAUAAGGUUUUGAAAAGACAUAAUUUUACUUGAACCUUUGUGGGGUACAGGUUGAUCUUUAUAUUUUACUGGUUGUUUUAAAAAUUCUAGAAAAGAGAUUUCUAGCCUCAUGUAUAACCAGGGUUUUGAGGAUAAAGAACUGUAUUUUUAGAACUAUCUCAUCAUAGCAUAUCUGCUUUGGAAUAACUAUAAAUAAAAGAUGAAGUUAGGAAAUGUGAUUAA